AUGGGAGUCUCCUUGAACGAUCGACUCAAUAAAAUGAGCUCAGUUAUCGAUACAAGGAACAAGAAAAUCGACGAAAUGUGUGAAGAAGUAGUGAGGCUUUCACACAGAGUAAAUUCCAUUGAGAGAGAAAUAAGUUCUAUAAAUCAAACAAACGCAGAGUUUCAUGAAAGCUUACAGGGAAUAAGUAAUGUUUUUGACGGGAUAAAAGAGCAAGUGGACAAAUCAGAAAAUGAGUUUCAGAAUAUGAAAAUAAAGCUAGACGCUAUGGAGGCGAAAGUUGUACACUAUGCAUCUAAGAGAGAGAACGAAAUUGAGGAGUUAAUCGAAAAAAAUGAAGAGCUAACGGAUCAAACACUCGAUCUCAGAUGCAGAUCCAUGAAAUAUAACUUGAUUUUCUCAGGUAUCCACGAGAAUGUACCAGAGAACACAGAGGAGACAUUACGAGGUUUUUUAGCCGAAGAGCUUGACAUUGAUUACGACAUCGAAUUCACAGUUGUACAUAGAUUUGGGCAGAAAAACAACAAAAGGAAUCGACCAAUUGUCGCAAAGUUUAUUUAUCAACGUGACCUCGACUACGUACUCCAAUGUGCAUAUAAAUUGAAAGGGAAAACCUUCCAAAUAAAUCGCCAAUUUCCGGACGAGAUCGAGCAAGCAAGGAAAAGCCUCUAUCCCAUUAUGAAGGAGCUACGACGCAAGGGUGAAACUGUGAAACUGGUCAGGGACAUCUUAUACGUGAACGGAAGGCCAUAUGACCCAGAGGACUCCGGACCAGCUGAGACAUUGAAGUAUCCACAACGCACCCCUAGCAGAUACGGCAGCUCGUCGAACAAACGCAGGAGAAUCAACUCCACCCCAGAAAAACACUAG